UUAAUGCUCAAGCGUUUCUCGCUGGACUUCGUUUUCCCGCUCUCGGAACACAAUUCCUAGACAACUAUUUCUUGUUGAUUCUUCCCUGUAAUUCCUCGUUUGGAGGAAGAAGAAGAAGAAGGGAUUGUGUUAUUGGCCUGCAACUGCAAGGAUGUGCCCUGAAGGCGUCGGAUUCGUGGCGGUCAUGGCGGUCUCCGGCAGCAUCCUCUACGCCGCCCUCAGGGCGCACCGGCAGCUCGUCUCCGACUUCAAGAAGCGGAUAGAGUUUGAGUUCAGCGUUGAGAGUUCGCCAGAGCACGGAGAGCCCGUGAAGAAGAGGGUGACCUUCGCGGACGACACCGCCGACCCUUGUUCCGAUGGCAAGGAGUACAGGAAGAGAAGGUCGACGGUGGGAAAGCGGCGGGGCCGCAGGGCGAGGAACGAGGAAGAAUCCGGCGAUCGGCCGGUGGAGAUUCCGGCAGAUAUGCCGCCGAACAGGAUGGCGUUGUAUAGGGGGCUCAGAGAAGAGAGAGCCGUGAGGGAGACGAUCCAUUGACGCAUCCAAAUUCACCCCGUAAGCAACAUCACAUCUCCUUUUCUCCAUUUUUUUUUCUCUUUUCGAAAUUUCGACCUUGAAAUGUCUAGUAGAAAUCUGCAGAAACAUGUCGAUGGCGGCUCUAUGAAUUUGAAUCUUUUGUUUGUCCAAAAUUCAAAGAGCUUGUUUGGAAAUUGGAAUGCUGGGAUUGAUCGUCGGUCAUACUCGCUGUAUUUCUUGGGAAACAUAUCCUCUUUCAAAGUAUAUGAUUCAAAAGCA